CUGAACUUCAUUCUCACUGUUGACAUUAAUCCAAUUUCACGUCAUUCCGUUAGGUUUUAGACGGAGAGUUGUUGUCCACACUUAAUUGAACUAUUAUUGCUGCUCGUGUCAUUAUGAUGUCGACAGGAGAUUCAAAUUCUAUACCCGGAGGUCAGCAACAAGAAUCAACAGAACCAUCAAAAAAGGCUUUGAAGAAGCAACAAAAAGAGGCUGAGAAGGCUGCAAAAAAAGCGGCUUAUAAAGAGCAGAAUAAGAAGGCAGAUCAACAGCCGGUUGAUAAUGAAGAAGAUUUUUCCAAAGACUUCUAUGGCAACCUUCCUCUCAUUCAAUCGUCUGAAAAAAUCAACCGCAAAAUAAUUGAUGUGAAAGACCUUACACCUCAGAUUGCAGACACAAAGGUGUGGAUUAGGGCCAGGUUACAGACAAGCCGUAGCAAAGGUAAACAAUGCUUUUUUGUGUUGCGGCAGCGUUACUGGACUGUGCAAGGUCUUAUAGCUGUUGGAAAAGAGACUAGCAAACAAAUGGUGAAGUUUGCUGCAAGCAUAAAUAAGGAAUCUAUUAUCGACAUUGAAGCAUAUGUCCGGACUGUCCCUAGUAAAAUUGAAUCAUGCUCCCAACAAGAUGUAGAACUUCAUACCAUCCAGAUUUGGGUUGUUAGUUCAGCUGCACCACAACUACCAGUGUUGGUUGAAGAUGCUGCUCGUCCCGAAACAGACGAAUUUGCCAAAGUAAACCAGGAUACAAGACUAGAUAACCGGGUAAUAGAUUUGAGGACAUGCACAAGUCAAGCCAUCUUUAAAUUACAAGCUGGCCUCUGUGCUCUCUUUCGUGACUUCUUAACAAAGAAUGGAUUUGUAGAAAUACACACUCCAAAGAUCAUUUCUGCUGCAUCUGAAGGUGGUGCCAAUGUAUUUGAAGUGACUUAUUUCAAGACAUCGGCUUAUCUUGCUCAAUCACCACAGCUCUACAAGCAAAUGGCUAUCUGCUCUGAUUUUGACAAAGUAUUUACAGUUGGAUCAGUAUUCCGGGCUGAAGAUUCCAAUACUCAUCGGCAUCUCACAGAGUUUGUGGGUCUGGAUUUGGAAAUGGCUUUCAAGUAUCACUACCAUGAAGUUAUUGACCAAAUUGGUGAUUUGUUUGUGGCGAUUUUCAAAGGCCUUCGUGACAAUUUUGCUGAAGAAAUUGCAACUGUUCACAAACAAUUUCCUGCUGAACCUUUCAAAUUUUUGGAGCCAAGUUUGCGUCUGGAAUUUCCUGAAGCUGUACAGAUGUUACGAAACAAUGGUAUAGAAAUCGGAGAUGAGGAUGAUCUUUCAACGCCAAGUGAGAAAUUUCUGGGAAAACUUGUCAAAGCUAAGUAUGAUACCGACUUUUUCAUCUUGGACAAAUAUCCAUUGGCAGUUCGACCAUUCUACACGAUGCCUGAUCCUCAUAAUAAAAAAGCUUCAAAUUCGUAUGACAUGUUUAUGCGAGGAGAAGAAAUUUUGUCUGGCGCUCAGCGAAUCCAUGAUCCUGAUCUUUUGACGGAACGUGCAAAAGAACAUGGAAUUGAUCUUGAGAAGAUUAAAGCUUACAUUGAUUCCUUCCGUUAUGGAGCUCCGCCACAUGCUGGUGGUGGAAUUGGUUGUGAACGAGUCACCAUGCUCUACUUGGGCCUGGACAACAUUAGGAAGACAUCUCUUUACCCACGUGAUCCCAAGCGACUGACUCCUUAGGGCUUAUCUUUAAAAUAUGAGAUAUUUUUAUUUUUAUCAAUUAUGAAAAAAAUAAACAAAAGCUGGGUUUUUCUAUUUUUGGUUAAUGUCUUUUACACUAAAUUUAAUACAUUUUGUAUUCUUUUAAAAAAAUAAAAUGUCUUCACAAAAUACUGUUUGUUGAUAAUUAGGCCUUCAAAAUUGGGAUGUCUGGGUGUGUUACAUUGAAGCUUGUGUGCCUUAAGAGCAUAAUGGGCAUAAAGCAACACUAUUCCCUCUGAAUUCAGUCAUUUAAUCAUUGUACUAAUUGUAAUAUUGAUUAUCAUUAUACUGAAAUAAGAUUUUAGUAUAAAAUCUUAUUGUAUACUACACUGCCCUUAUUUUAUACAAAACCAUAUACAGACAACUACUAAUAUCAAACUUGUGUUGGUAAUUUACUAUUUCUUUCAACUUUUUGUUACCACAUUUCUCUUGAAAUACACUGCCUUCAUUUCAAUUAAUUUUGAAACCAAUCAAAAAUUUAGUAAAAAUAAUUUUGUGAUUAAGUUGGUAUAAGAACAUUGGAUUAGCAAAAUCAGAAUGUCAGGAAAAAUGCUUUGCGGUAUUUUUUUUUUUUUUCUGGCUCUUUAUGUUCUGAGAUCCCCAUUCCACCAAGGUCAACUUGUCCUUUCAUCCUUCUGGAGUUGACAGAGUUGAUGAUAUGAAUUUACCCCAACCCUUCAAAACUGCCAGCCUUAUACUUAAGAUUAGAAAACAUUGUUAAACUCAUGUUUGAGACAUAAAUUAACAUGGAAUUUUGAUGGGAAGUUUUAAUUUAAUUUAGGUCACUUUGAAACAGUUUGUAUUACACAAUGAGGGGCAGUUUUAGGCAGGUUGGUAUCAAAUGGAUGAAUUCAGUGUUUUCUAAACCAUAUGUCUACAAUCAACAUCCACUUUUUGCAGAAAAAUCAUGUAUUUUUCAUAAAUAAUGAAUAAAGAAGACAAGGUUAGACAUUUAUAAUCAAA